AGGAGAAAUUUCCCCUAUCGUAACUAUUGCUUUCGCACGAAGCAUUUCUUUCACUCGAUUGGACACCGGAGAAUAGCGAAACUGGACUCGACCUUAGCCAGGCGUCCUAAUUCCGAGAUUUGUGUAAUUACGGGACGACUCAGCGCAAUGGAGCCAGCCUUCGGGGAGGUGAACCAGCUAGGCGGUGUUUUUGUCAACGGAAGACCGCUACCCAACGCUAUCCGGCUGAGGAUCGUAGAGCUUGCCCAGCUGGGUAUCAGGCCUUGUGAUAUCAGCAGACAACUCCGAGUAUCCCAUGGCUGCGUUAGCAAGAUUCUGGCCCGGUAUAACGAGACCGGCUCCAUCCUUCCCGGAGCCAUUGGAGGCAGCAAGCCGAGGGUCACCACACCAACUGUCGUCAAGCACAUUCGGACUUAUAAGCAAAGAGAUCCGGGCAUUUUUGCCUGGGAGAUUCGGGACAGACUCUUGGCAGAUGGGGUGUGUGAUAAAUUCAACCUCCCGUCGGUGAGCUCCAUCAGUCGGAUUCUCCGUAACAAAAUAGGGAACUUAUCUCAGCAAAGUCAGUAUGAGUCGAGUAAACAAUCGGCUCAUCCUCAACCACAACCGACUUUAUCGUACAAUCAUAUCUAUUCCUAUCCGACUCCCAUCGCAGCCACUGGGACGAAAGUACCAACACCCCCAGGAAUGCCAACCCUACCAGGACACAUGGCAAUGCACAGGAUAUGGCCCUCAUCUCAUUCUGUCACAGAUAUACUGGGCAUUCGGUCCAUAACGGAACAACAGAUAAGUGACUGUCCUUCGUUUCCCAGCGCCAAACUAGAAGAAUGGAGCGCUUUAAACAGGACUAAUUUUCCGCCAGCGACCUCUCCACUAGUCAAUGGUGUGGAUAAAGCUCACUUAGAGCCUGAAGCAAAAUACACACAGACGCCGAGUGGCUUGCACACAGCGAGCAGCUAUGCCACAGUGCCCAGCAUCCCUCCCUACCCCCCAACCACCCCAGUGUCACCUUACACGGGGUACAGCGCCACCACGUCGGCCUAUGUGACCGGCCCCACAUGGCUGCCGCCCAAUGGCAGUGCUCCCUCUCUCCACAGCUGUGACGCUGCCGCCACCGCCACUACCCCCCUGGCCAUCAAGAGCGUGACGGCUGGCCGCAACGCCAUCCAUCACCACCACCACCACCACCAUCACCACCACCUGCACCCUCUCACCACUGCCUCCGCGCACUGACGGAGAAAACAAGGGCAUCAGUGUGAGAUGAGAGAGAGAGAGAGAGAGAGAGAGAGAGAGGGAGAGAGAGAGAGCGACUGAAGGGUAAGGACGCGGAGCUGAAGUAGAGAAGCUGUAAGAUCUCCUCCUCACGGAUGACCAGAGAGGGCCCAUUCUGUGGUGGACAUUUUGUGAAUCUAUUUAUGAAAGAGACGCUUGGGUGGAGAGUGGUCCUUCACUGGCCUGACGUCCAGGUCAGUGGGAGCCCAUCGAAAAAAGAGUCAGGCCUGGGUGCCCCUGAACGACAUGUCACCUUUCAAGGAAGGGGGGGCAUGUGGCGCUUUGUGGUGUUUUUAAGUGACAAUGGACAGCCUUGUGGUCUGCAUUAAAGAUGCCAGUCUUCUUUUCUAAUCUUGGUUUUUGUGCUCAUGUCUGCAAAUGGUUUUAUCUGGAAAUUAGUGGAAGUACGUAAACGACAGGUUGUGUGUGUGUAUAUACAUCAAUGGUUAUGUUUGCGUUUAAAAAGCGUUUCAGGGUUGUACUAAACAGUUGCUUUUAUUUCAAUUGUUUUGUUGUUUGUAUUUUUGAUUCAUGGCUUUUGUUUGUUACAUUUUUAGUUUGUAAAAAAAUUGCAGAAAACAGCCAUUUAUUUUACACCUAAAAUGAAGAGUUUGGAAAGUGCUUCUGUCAGAAGUUUAUGCUCCUUCUUAUUUAUUAGACUGUAUGGUACGUCGAACCCAGUGCAAUGAUCAGCAGGAGACUUGCUGGCCCAGCGUCACUCUGGGGGAUCGCUGAAACGUUACAGCCACCAGCGUUGGUUCACCUUUGUGUUAAGCUUCAGCGUGGACAGUAAAGCUGCAGUUUGGAUGUUGCACAGUUAAACUGAAUGUAUCUGAUUAAAAAGGAUGUGUGACAGAAAAAA